AUGAGUGCUUCAAAAGACGCCGAGCUUACAGCCGUUGAGGUAGGCGCUGAUCGUGAGAAUGGUCGGCUCCAGACCGAGAUUUUCACAAAGGAGGAGGAGCAGACGGUUGCGCCCGAUCAAUUUGACGAAAAAUAUCGAACGACAAGAAACGAGAUCUGGGCUUAUUAUGCUUAUUAUAUUGGCAACAACGGCCUAUCACUCUUCAACUUUGCACCCACCGCAUUCCAGAACCUGCUGUACCAAGCGGCACCGGAGAAUGGAUUGAUGGAGUUUCUCGGACAGCCACGGUCCAUCAACAGUAUUGUGCUGCUUUCCAAUGGAAUUUCCUUUGCCAUUCAAGUGGUCGUGUUCCUGGUGAUUGGCAGUUUUGCCGAUUUUGGCAAUUGGCGACCCAACAUUCUCAUCGGCUUGUCGAUUGUCGCAUGGGCGAUUGGGUUCGGUUGGCUGGGUGUGCACACCUCAGAUGACUGGCGAAUUGGUGUCGGACUAUACAUGGUCGGACUGAUCGCCUACCAGACGACCUUGACAUUCUGGACUGCGGCUUUCCCAGGACUGGCGAGAAACACGGUGGAGAUGAAGGAAAAGGCGGAUGCGUUGGUGGCGGGCACGAUCACUCGGGACGAGUACGACUACGCAGACACCAUGAUGCGUAGUCGACUCGCCAACAUCGCAUUCUAUGUCCAGUCGGUCGGCGAGAUCUUCAUCUUGGCCAUCAUUGUGGGCAUCAUGUUUGGGCUGGAUGUCAACGCCAGCCAAGAAAACAACAAUUGGGGCCUCAGUGUCCUGAUUGCGUUUGUGUCUGGAGUCUGGCUCCUGGUGUCUCUGCCGUGGUUCUUCCUUGAGAAGCGUCGACCUGGCCAGAAUCCCGGUCGCCGAGGCAUUUUGAUUGCAGGAGUCUGGCAGCUGUGGCAUGCUAUGAAGCAGAUUUGGCACUUGAAACAGAGUCUGAUCUAUCUCAUUGGCUAUUUCCUUCUUGGUGACUCUUUGAACACUACUGUGACGGUGAUUGGAACACUCCAGAACAGUAUCGUGGCGUAUAAUACUCUGCAAUUGACCUAUUUGCUCAUCGUGGGCAUCGCGGCUCAGGUGAGCUUCAAACCCUACAACAGAUCGUACUUUCCCAUGGCUUUACUAACCGGAGUCUCCCAGGCGGUUGGCAUUUAUGCAUUCUGGUACAUUCAACAGCGAUUCCAUCUCGGUACCAAGACCAUGUUCAACGCCAUCGCCGUCAGCAUCAUCCUACUCGACGGCUGGGGUAUGAUCGGUAUCUGGACCGACAAGUUUGGCUUCCACAACGCGUGGGAAGUUUGGGUCUACCAAGCUUUCUACGGGCUCUUCGUCUGCCCAUGGUACAGUUACUCCCAGAUCAUGAUCUCCGAGGUCACACCGCGCGGCCAUGAAUUCCUCUUCUUCAGCCUCUUUAGCAUCAUCGGCAAAACCUCGUCCUUCAUUGGCCCUCUCGUCUCAAGUGCGAUCAUCGAUGCCAGCCCCACAGGAGACAAUUCCGCUCCAUUCUACUUCCUGUUCGCGUUAAGUGUCGUGAGCUUCGGCAUCAUGGCGUUUGGCGUCGACUUGCGCAAGAGCCAAGUAGAGCAGGAGAAGUUCUUGCAGGAUAAGAAGAAGCAUUUGGAGGAUUCGAGCUCCGGGGAUAAUGCUUGA